AUGGCUGAAUUAACUUUGAAAGAAGCUAGAGACAUUAUCAAAUCAUUUGAUGGUUCUAGUAAUUCCAAUUUAAAUGAUUUUCUUCGUAUUUGCCAGUAUGCAUUUGACGCCAUUGAAACUUCUCAGCAUUCCUCAUUAUUUAAAUAUAUUUUCAACGUCAAAUUAGAAGGUAAAGCAGCUCAAUCUGUCCGAUACAGAAGUAUCGAAAAUUUUAAACAGCUUAAACAAACUUUAGAAGAAUUAUUUGUAGAUCAUAGGUCCGUAUCUUCGCUUCAGAUUGAAUUUAACCAAUGUCGACAAGGUUCUCGCGAAAAAGUUUUAGAUUAUUCCGAAAGAUUAUCUAAUAUUUUGGAACAAUUAAUAGAGGCAACAACUCGCCAAAGUCGAAAUCCUGAAAAAGAUCCCUAUAUUUCUGAAUUGUUAAGGUACCAAGCUCUGAAUAUAUUUCAAGAAGGUUUGCAUCCAGAUCUUCGUAUUUUAAUAAAAUCAAAAAAUUUACAAAGUUUAGAGAAGGCCAUUAGUGCGGCCAUUGAAGAAGAGCGUUUGUCUUCUUGUCACGAAUCUUCUAUUCCAUUUUAUUCCAAUUUUCAAGAAUCUUCGAAUUCAAUUACUAUUUCUUGCAAUUAUUGUAAAAAUAUCGGGCAUAAUAUCAAAGAAUGCAAAAAGAGAAUGUUUAAAGAACAAAUUCGUUCUAAUUCUAAUAUAAAAUCUUCAAAUCCAAAUUUUUCUCAAACUUCUAAUGUUCCAGAUUCUAAUUAUUCAAAACCUUCACGUUCAAAUUCUAAUAUCUCAACUGUCGCCGAAUUAAAAAAGGCACAAGUUUCUUUAAUUUCUUCUAGCAAUAUGUCUAUCUUUAAAUCUUUUGAAUCUCCGCAUUCAACUUCAGAAAAAUUAAAUUUAAUGAUUGAUACAGGCGCAGACGUUAGCCUAGUAAAACUAUCAGCUUUAAAAGACUCUCUUAAUAUUAUAACUAAUUCAGACAAUAUUAUAAAAGUUUCUGGCAUUACCGGACAUAGUUUUAGAACUCUCGGUGUUGCUAAACUUUCAUUUUUAAUAAAUGAUGCUGUUAAAGAGCAUUUAUUCAAUGUUAUUAGUGAUGAUAUACCCAUUGUUUCUGAUGUAUGA